AUUUCAAAUCUCGUCCCCAUCCCGCUCACAUUUCACAAUCUACACUCAACGGAGAAUCAAAAUCGAGAGAGGCUUUGGAUACAGAGGCUGCAACAAUACAGCACACUUCUUUCCAAUUUUCCAUCUCCUCUCUCCCAUUGCCCUCCGAAGAUGUCUGGUCGCCACGAGAAAGAGAAAGGCGUCAAUGUUCAGGUCCUCCUUCGUUGCAGGCCAUUUAGCGAAGAAGAGUUGCGGAAUAAUGCGCCGCAAGUGGUGACCUGCAAUGAGUACCAGAGAGAGGUCGCAGUUUCUCAGAAUAUUGCCGGGAAGGUCAUCGAUAGGAUUUUCAUAUUCGACAAGGUUUUUGGUCCUUCAGCUCAGCAAAGAGAUCUGUAUGAUCAAGCAAUUAUUCCAAUCGUUAAUGAAGUUUUGGAGGGUUUCAACUGUACCAUUUUUGCCUAUGGACAAACAGGUACAGGAAAAACUUACACAAUGGAAGGAGAAUGUAAGAGGUCAAAGAGUGGACCUAAUGGAGAGUUGCCUCCAGAGGCUGGUGUCAUACCUAGAGCUGUAAAGCAAAUAUUUGACACGCUGGAGAGUCAGAAUGCAGAGUACAGUGUCAAAGUUACUUUCUUGGAAUUGUAUAAUGAGGAGAUCACUGACUUGCUUGCCCCUGAAGAGAUGUCUAGAGUUGCUUUGGAGGAGAAGCAGAAAAAACAGUUGCCCCUGAUGGAAGAUGGUAAAGGUGGUGUUCUUGUAAGAGGAUUAGAGGAGGAAAUUGUAACAAGUGCUAGUGAGAUUUUUACUCUACUUGAAAGGGGGUCUGCAAAGCGUCGCACUGCAGAAACUCUAUUAAAUAAACAAUCAAGUCGUUCACAUUCCCUUUUUUCCAUAACAAUCCACAUCAAGGAAGCAACCCCAGAAGGGGAAGAGCUUAUCAAAUGCGGCAAGCUGAACUUGGUUGAUUUGGCUGGUUCAGAAAAUAUUUCUCGUUCUGGUGCUAGGGAGGGUCGUGCAAGAGAAGCCGGAGAGAUAAACAAAAGUUUGCUAACUCUUGGACGAGUUAUUAGUGCUCUUGUGGAGCAUCUUGGGCAUGUCCCUUACAGGGAUAGCAAGCUCACACGUCUUCUCCGUGAUUCCCUGGGUGGAAGAACAAAAACAUGCAUUAUUGCUACAGUAUCACCGGCUGUCCAUUGCCUGGAGGAGACUUUGAGUACAUUGGAUUAUGCACACAGGGCAAAGAACAUCAAGAAUAGGCCUGAGGUCAACCAGAAAAUGAUGAAAUCAACUCUUAUAAAAGAUCUUUAUGGUGAAAUUGAUCGACUCAAAGCUGAGGUAUAUGCUGCACGGGAAAAAAAUGGUGUCUAUAUACCAAAGGAACGAUACCAUCAAGAAGAGACAGAAAGGAAGGCAAUGGCUGAUCAGAUUGAACAAAUGGGAGUCACAAUAGAAACCCAUCAGAAGCAACUUGAGGAGUUGCAAGGUAAAUACGAUGUUCAGGUUCAAAAGUGCUCUGAUUUAAGUAUGAAACUGGACACCACCCAGAAAAACUUGAAUCAAACAAACAAAAUGUUGUCCAGCACUGAAGAUGAGUUAAGAAGAUGCCAGUAUGCCCUUAAGGAGCGUGAUUUUAUUAUCUCUGAACAGAAGAAAGCAGAAAAUGCCUUGGCUCAUCAAGCAUGUGUUUUGCAAUCUGAUUUGGAGAAAUCUCUGCAGGAUAAUGCUUCCCUAUAUAUGAAAAUUGCAAGGGAAGACAAACUGAAUGUUAAUAACAGAUCAAUUGUGAACAAUUUUCAAACUGAGCUUGUGCAGCAACUGGGUUCUCUGUGUAAUACAGUAACAAUAUCAAUUUCUCGGCAGAAUGAACACCUCCACGGCAUUGAGAAACUCUGUCAUUCUUUUCUGGAAACUCAAAACAAGGCUAUCACUGAUUUAAAGAAAAAAAUGACUGCCUCAAGGGCAAUGUAUAUCUCUCACAUUGAAGCCAUGCAAAAUGUGGUUCGUUUGCACAACGCAAACUCUAAUGCUGGUCUAGAAGAGAUUUCAGCAUCAAUUUCUUCUAAUGUGCAUUCAAUUGAACAGUUUUUAGCUGCUGAAGCUGUUGAAGCAAAUUCUAUAUUUGAUGAUCUUCGAGGCAUUUUAUCAACUCAUCAAGGAGAAAUGGCACAUUUUACAAGAGAACUUCGUCAGAGGUUUAAUGUCAGUGUCGAGCACUCAAAAAAAAUCUCAGAGUUCACUCAUGGAUUUCUCCAUGAACUUAUUGAAGAGUUAGGAAAGCUCCAGAGUCAUGCAACGCAAAGUGAUGAAAUUCAGAGGACAAGUAUUGCAGAAUUUCAGAAGGCUUAUGAGGAGCAGUCAAAGUCAGAUGCUGAGAAGCUUAUUGCUGAUGUGACCAAUUUAGUCUCUCAUCACAUUCGUCGUCAAAAGGAAUUGGUGGAUGCACGGCUUGUUGGUUUGAAAGAAACCGUUAUUGGAAACAAAACAUUUUUGGACGAGCAUGUCUCGUCAAUGAAGGGUAUCACAACAGAUGCGAAAAGAAAAUGGCAGGAAUUCUCCAUGCAAGCAGAUAAUGAUGCACAAGACAGUGCUGAUUUCUCUGCUGCCAAACAUUGCCGCAUGGAGUUACUUCUCCAGCAAUGUGUAAACACUGUUGAAACGGCUUCCCAGCACUGGAAAAGGACACAUGAGUCGGUAAAUGAAAGAGGCAGUCAACAUGUCUCAACAAUGAUGGCCCUUGUCAGGAAUGUGUCUGAUACUAAUGUGCAACAUGAUUCUGAGAUUGCUUCUGCAACGGCUGCUGCUGAAGACGAUGUGGCAAGGAAUUGUGAAGAUCUCAUUCAGCAUUGUGAUAUUGUAUCAGGACAAGAGCGUGGAUGUGUAACUGGUAUUUUAGCAGAAGUCAAGGAUCAUGGAGAUACUAUUGGAGUUCUUCGUGAAGAUCACUCGGUCCAACUUGCUUCUAUUGAACAAAAAGCAGCGGAUACCUUUGGGCAGAAAUAUAUGGAUUAUGAGCCAACAGGUACAACACCAAUUAGAAGUGAGCUGGACAUUCCAAGUAAGGGGACUAUUGAAUCUCUUCGAACCAUGCCAAUCGAGGCGCUUCUAGAGGAAUUUCGAGAAAACCAUUCAUAUGAAUCAUUUGAAGUAAAAGAACAAAAGCCUUGUGUCAUACCACGGUCACCCCUGGCUCAACUCAAUUGAUAGAAACGAGUUUUAUGGUCAGAUCAGCACAUGAGAUUUGUUUUGUAUUUGUAUUUUCAUGUAUAUUGUUUAUUAUUGUAUUUGAAAAACACAAAAAAGCAUGGCUCGGUCUCAUGGGCUUCUAAUAUUUCUGGAUACUUCAUAGUGCAGAAAUGUAACAUGUCAGGGAGCCUGAAUAAUCCCUUGGGAUUUUUAAAUGGUAGGUGGAUCAAGGUGUAAAAUGAGGGAAGCUUCAAAUUAUUCCUCCAAAGUUGUUCAACUACUAGGAGGAUUUAUGUUUUCUUGAAGCAUUUGUUAUGUAAUGCAAGAACAUUUUUGAUUAACCCUAAAGAUCACACUUCCUUCAGUAUCUAUAGCUCUGGCCUUGGCAUCAUUUCCUUUGUCUAAACUAUUACUUCUUGCAAC